AUGCAGGACCGCAGCAGCCUCCUUCUGUGCGCCCUGACGCUCCUCACCGGCUUCUUGGUGGUCUGCCUGGGGGCCUUCUUCAUCUCCUCAGGUUCCGUGUUCAGCUGUCGGGGGAACCUGAUCGCAGCCUAUCUGCUCUUGCCUCUGGGCUUUGUCAUCCUUCUGAGUGGAAUUUUCUGGAGCACCUACCGCCAGGCGUGCAAAAGCAAAAGGAUGUUCAGUCACGUGGUCAGACAACACCUCGCUCAGGGCAGCCUGGCCACGGUGGACAGGCCAGAUUUCUACCCUCCUGCCUACGAAGAGAGCCCGGGUGCGGUGAAGCAGACCUGGGAGAUCCCUCCGCCGAUGUACACAGAGCUGGGCCUUGAUGUCCACGCCCAGCCAGAGGCCCCUCCUCCCUACCAAGAGUUCCUAACGGCGAUGGCAUAUGCAGCCACAUGCAAGACUUUACAGGGCAGUCUCGGGGAUGCUGAGAGCAGCGGAGGUCUCGGCUGUUGUGGGGACCAGCUGCUGACAAAGGACUCAGUCCAGGGACCAUAG